UGCUGCAGCCGAAUGGGCCGGGCGCUCGGCUCGCUCGCCAGGCAGCGGCUGUGCGCGUCCCCGGGCGCGGCGAGGCCGAGUCUGCUCCCGCGGCGGCGGCGGCGGCGGCGUGCGGGGCGGGAAGCCCGGGAAAGCCCUGGCCGCGCGCCUGCAAGCCCGGGCCCCUCGGAGCCGCCCGCGCGCCCUCCCGCCCCCAGCGCCGGGAUCCCCCACCCUCCCGCGCCCGGGACACCCGGCCUCCCCGGUAGCCACCCGACCUCGCGCCCAGGCUUGAGGUUCUCCGGGGCUGGGCGGGUGGGGGGUUCCCCGCUUCUCAAGUCGGCGCCGAGCCGCCCCCCCCCCACCCCCGGGCCUGGCCCCAGCCCUCGAGGUCGGGGGGCUGCAGGCUGCGAGCCCGAGUCCCUGCAGGCGGCCGGCCGACUGACAUGCCCGGGACGCGGCUGCGGCCAGGCGGCUGCCCGCGGGGGCGAUGAGCCAGUGCGGCCCGUGAGGUGCUGGGCGGCGGGGGUCUGGCGCACCUCGCUCCCCUUCCCCCCAACUUGUCCGCUCGGCCUGGGAGACCGAGAGGAAGCGGUCUCUGGCCUGUCAGAAGUACCAUUGGUGCUGCAGUGGAAGCCGGCGGCAAAAAUCUUGUGUAUGGCGUGGUUAAGGCUGCAGCCCCUCGCAUCUGCCUUCCUCCAUUUUGGGCUGAUUACUUUUGUUCUCUUCCUGAAUGGCCUUCGGGCAGAGGCUGGCGGUUCAGGGGAUGUCCCCAGCGCAGGACAGAACAAUGAGUCCUGUUCAGGGUCCUCAGACUGCAGGGAGGGUGUCAUCCUACCCAUCUGGUACCCUGAGAACCCUUCCCUUGGGGACAAGAUUGCCAGGGUCAUUGUUUAUUUUGUGGCCCUAAUAUACAUGUUCCUUGGGGUGUCCAUCAUUGCUGACCGCUUCAUGGCAUCUAUCGAAGUCAUCACGUCUCAAGAGAGAGAGGUGACUAUCAAAAAACCCAAUGGAGAGACCAGCACAACCACGAUCCGGGUCUGGAACGAGACUGUGUCCAACCUGACCCUCAUGGCCCUGGGGUCCUCUGCACCCGAGAUCCUCCUCUCGCUAAUCGAAGUGUGUGGUCACGGGUUCAUUGCUGGCGACCUGGGACCCUCCACUAUCGUCGGCAGUGCAGCUUUCAACAUGUUCAUCAUCAUUGGCAUCUGUGUCUACGUGAUCCCCGACGGAGAGACUCGCAAGAUCAAGCACCUGCGGGUCUUCUUUGUCACGGCCGCUUGGAGCAUCUUUGCCUACAUCUGGCUCUAUAUGAUCCUGGCGGUAUUCUCCCCGGGUGUGGUCCAGGUCUGGGAAGGCCUCCUCACUCUCUUUUUCUUCCCAGUGUGUGUCCUUCUCGCUUGGGUGGCAGACAGGCGACUUCUCUUCUAUAAAUACGUGCACAAAAAGUACCGCACAGACAAACACCGCGGGAUUAUCAUAGAGACAGAGGGGGACCACCCCAAGGGCAUUGAGAUGGAUGGGAAAAUGAUGAAUUCCCACUUCCUCGAUGGCCACCUGGUGCCUCUGGAAGGGAAGGAAGUGGAUGAGUCACGCAGGGAGAUGAUCAGGAUUCUCAAGGAGCUGAAGCAGAAACACCCGGAGAAGGAUUUGGACCAACUGGUGGAGAUGGCCAACUACUACGCUCUUUCCCAUCAGCAGAAGAGCCGUGCCUUCUACAGAAUCCAAGCCACUCGUAUGAUGACCGGCGCGGGCAACAUCCUCAAGAAACAUGCCGCAGAACAGGCCAAGAAGACCUCCAGCAUGAGUGAGGUGCACAUGGAAGAGCCUGAGGACUUUGUCUCCAAGAUCUUCUUUGACCCGUGUUCUUACCAGUGCCUGGAGAACUGUGGGGCUGUCCUUCUGACGGUGGUGAGGAAAGGAGGGGACACUUCCAAGACCAUGUACGUGGACUACAAAACCGAGGACGGUUCUGCCAACGCGGGGGCCGACUACGAGUUCACCGAGGGCACUGUGGUUCUGAAACCGGGAGAGACGCAGAAAGAGUUCUCUGUGGGCAUCAUUGACGAUGACAUAUUUGAGGAAGAUGAGCAUUUUUUUGUGAGGCUGAGUAAUGCCCGCAUAGAAGAGGAACAGCCCGAGGAGGGGGUACUCCCGACAGUGCUCAACAGUCUUCCCCCGCCUCGGGCUGUCCUGGCCUCUCCUUGUGUGGCCACAGUCACCAUCUUGGAUGACGACCAUGCGGGCAUCUUCACUUUUGAAUGCGACACCAUUCAUGUCAGUGAAAGUAUCGGUGUCGUGGAGGUCAAGGUUCUGCGGACAUCAGGUGCCCGGGGUACAGUCAUCGUCCCCUUUAGGACAGUAGAAGGGACAGCCAAGGGUGGUGGUGAGGACUUUGAAGACACGUACGGGGAGCUGGAAUUCAAGAAUGACGAGACCGUAUACAUUUGCCAGCAAAGCUGCAGCCAUCCAGGACGUGUACGCAGAUGCCUCCAUCGGCAACGUCACCGGCAGCAACGCCGUCAAUGUCUUCCUGGGCAUCGGCCUGGCCUGGUCCGUGGCCGCCAUCUACUGGGCCCUGCAGGGACAAGAGUUCCACGUGUCGGCCGGCACGCUGGCCUUCUCGGUCACCCUCUUCACCAUCUUCGCGUUUGUCUGCAUCAGCGUGCUCCUGUACCGCAGGCGGCCCCACCUGGGCGGGGAGCUGGGGGGCCCACGUGGCUGCAAGCUUGCCACGGCGUGGCUCUUCGUGAGCCUGUGGCUCCUCUAUAUACUCUUUGCCACUUUGGAGGCUUACUGCUACAUCAAGGGGUUCUGAAGCAUGGAAUGGGGCCUCCACAGGGCAGGCCUGAGACUUCUCCUAAGAGACGGGCGCUACACCCACGCUGGCCUCUCUGGAGGGAGCAACCUUGGAGGGGCGGCAUCAGGACCUGAGCCCCUGGAACUUCACCUCACCUCAGCCCUGAUCGUGAACUCAAAGGGCAGAGUCUCGAUGCAACAAAACGGAGGACACACCCACCCCACCAAGUAUUUAAUUCAACACAAACGACAACAGCAACAAAUCCACCUCCAGCCCUCCCCCUCAUCCCUGACCCCACAGCAAAGGUCACACCCUUUCGCCAGCUUCCAUCUGUUUCCGACUCUUCCUUCGCUUCCCUUCCCCUGGGGGCAGAGUUUCUCCUGUCUGUCCGGCUGGUGCAUCUUUGUCUCUCACUCAGCUGGUAGAGCGUGAAAAUGAAUGAGUCCUGUCCAAGUGGCUGGUUUGGGCUUCUCUGUCAUCAUGAUUUUGAUUGCUUUUUUUUGUGUGUGUGUGUGUGUGUGGUUUUUUUUUUUCCCCUCCCUCACCAGGUUUUGCUGUGUCUGUUGUUGUCAUUCAUUUUGUCUUUUCUUUUCUAAGUUAGUGACGAGGGUGCUGUGAAGGGACUCACAGUGGAUUUCCAGGCACACACAUGCCCACUCUCACUGCCUAGCAGCUGCUUCUUCCUUCCAAGGUCCUAUCCUCUGUCUCCCUUUGCCCCUCUGAAUUCUUUAGAGGGCUGACCAUAUCUGGGGGAAAACUAGUUUUGCAGACUCACAUAGGGCACUAAAUCCUGAGGCAGGCGGCUCUUUGUAUGUUUCUGUUGAAAGUCGAGUUCAACAUUAAAAGUCAGUGUUCUCUUCGUGCCCAAGCCUUUCGAGUCCUGGCUCAUGCCAAGGUCAGUGCUGACCCUCCUGCAGGAAAACUUGCUGAGUGAGAGAUAGGGGAUGAAAAAGGAAGGAAGGGUACAGAGUGGCAGAGGACAACUGGGGAAAUGAAAAGCAGAGGUGCCUCUCCACUGUCUUUGGCUACAAAUAUGAGUCUGUAAAGAGAUGUGCCCCUGGUAAGAUCUUUAAGGGGAAAGAGUGUAUCUAAAACUUCUGAGAACUGUUAGUUCACCACGCCCUCAGCCUCCUCACGCAGCACACCAUAGCCGUCUGACUCUAGUUCAUGAUAUAAUGUGAAAACAAGGGAUCCCUUCCACCUCUCCUGGACCUUCAGGUCACAACUGACAGAAUUUUUAACAAGACAGGAACUGAAUUCCUCAAUUCUCCCACAUUCCUGCUUAAUUCUAAACCUCAGGAGGCCAUCUCUCUCUCUCUCUCUCUCUCUCUCUCUCUCUCUCUCUAUCUGUGGGAUAAUUCUUGCCUGUAAGAGGAAUCAUAGUUGCCAUAAUCCCAUGGAGCCUGGGUUUAUAGAAAAAGAAAUCAAUGUGUUCUGCAGACUUUAUCCCAUCAAUUUUUUGAAAGACCCUGGCUUUAAAACACACACACACACACACACACACACACACACGAAAUCCCCACAAAACUGCCCACAGAUCUUUAGACAGUCUGCAUUAACAUAAAUACAUUUUUUAAGGGGGAAAGAAAAAAUUAAAACACCUGUAAUUUAAUUUUAAACACAUUUUUAAGAGGAAAAAAGUAAAGAGAAGCAGUGCUCAUGUCAUAAGCUACAUUGACAGUCACCAGUGGAAAUGUUGAAUUGGUUUUAAAAAAAUAAAUAAAAUCUAUACUUACAUCUCUCUAAAUGCAGCUUGAUUCUCCCUGUAAUUCUUCAGCAAAAGGUCCAGG